AUACACCUAAUAGCUACUCGAGUUGUAAAAAUGUAAAGAUUAGUGGCGCAGAUUGGUUGAAGGAGGUUAUACUGAUGGAAUAUGCAAUCAUCAUCAAAAGAGAAGAUCUGUCGCUAGCACAUAAAGCUGCACUGGAUGAAAAAAUGUACGCAUUAAGACAAAAAAUCUAUGAAUCUUCAGAUAACUUGAAGAAUUGGCCUUAAAUUUAUAUCUCUUUUUGUCCCAAACAAUUGUUAUAAAUAAUAUAUGCAAAAUAGUAAUAAAAGGAAAAACUCUUUGGAACCUGCUACGAGAACAAAGGCACAACGUUCCAUUGCCAACUUUUUCGGUCACACAAAAGAAAAGGACGUCCAACCCAAAGAAGAAGAGAAUGUCAAGGACGUUCUGUUACUCAUUGAAACAAAUGAAGAAGAGACUGUCAACGACGUUGAAACAAAAGCGGAAGAGCCUUCAAAAGCAGACUUCUAUGAUAACAGCAUGUACACUGACGAAUUCAAUCUCAUGCUCGAGACUGUUUUGAAAGGCGAAAGCUUUCUUUUUAAUGAACAAGAAAAACAAGCUUUUGACAGGUUUAAAUCUCUAAAAGGAGAGUCAAAGCAUUUGCUUGUUCGACUGUUAAUGAGAAAGCAAGGCUGGAUAAGAAGUAACAAGUUGAAAUACCAAAACUACAUUAGUAAUGUUGCUUUAGCCAUUAGUGAAUUACAACAACUUGGGUUUCUAAAGACCGCACUGACUGACUUGGAUGAAGCCACACAAUUACUCUCGCGGGAUGAAUUACAAGAUAUCCUUAAAGAAAGAAAUAUUGUCUUGCCAGUCGAUAAACGAAAAAAGGAGGAUUUUAGAAAAGCCUUGAUGGUAUUUGGAUUGCGUACUUCAGGAAAUAUUGCCACACAUUAUUCAGUCAUUGAUCCCACGGACGAAGCCAAAAGCAGCAAACUAUGGUCUUCCAUUGAAGAACGGUUAGGUACCUGUAUUCAGGUAGAACCGCACAUAUAUAAAUUAUUUCAGCUACUGCAAGUCGUUCAUUAUCGCAUCAACAAGGCACUUGAUACCAGUGCCAUGUCCACCUCUAUCCUUGCAAAAACAAGUAAGCGUAUAUAUCCGUUGUAUACAUCCUGUAGAUCAGAUAUGGUAUGGAAUUCGAGAGACGAUCUCCUUCGAUAUGAAGAAGCUUUAUCUGUCGAAAAGGAAUAUGAAACAUCCGUCGAACUGUUGACUGUAUACAAUAGCACCAAAACAAAAAAGUUUAUAUCGGCAGAAAAUGGGGACUUAAAAGUGAGAGAGCUGAUGAUCAAGUGUUGGACUAUAUGUGAAGAUAGAAUUGGUAUGUGGGAUGAAUGUAUUUUACAAGAAGGGCAGUUAGAGGAAGAAUUGAUGCGACCCUAUUAUAUGAGAAGAUUUGAAGCAGGAUGGAUUUAUACUAGGCUUUUAGAUCAUGGAACUUCAUUAUUGGCAAAGCUCCAUGAAUAUGAAUUGGAGGCUAUAAUUCUCCAAAAGCUCAUUGACCAAAAACUGUAUCGUCUUGGUAAAAGAGGUAAAUGGUAUGACCGUUUGGCCCUAGUUCAGUCAAAAUAUCUAAACAAGGAUCAAGUAAGAGUUCAAAAAAAGUUGGCUUUAAAAACUUGUAUUGAUGCUAUACAUGAUCCAAGAGUGCAUCAAAUUUAUAUGCAUAAAAUUCACAAGCGUAUCAAUCAACUUGAAAGAGAUUUGUGCAUACCGAGAAGAGAACAGCAUAAUUUUGAUUAUAUGACAUUAAAGAAACCCGAGACAAGAACAAUAUACGGAGAAAGACUUUCUGAUGAGGUGAUAGGUAAAAAGUCUAUAUGGCGAAGUGACAAUGGAGCUGAGUGUUCAGUUGAACAUGUUGCAAUAGAAUAUUAUCAAAAACAAGGCUUCAAAGGACUUCAUUGUGAAAACGGCAUUGUCAAAAUGAUUGCUGUGCUUUUGUUUUGGGAUAUCAUAUUCGCACCAAUGACUGGUGUCUUUGAAACACCAUAUCAAAUGGCACCUUUAGAUUUAGGCUCGGAUGCUUUUUAUGAAGCAAGACUCGAUAUUAUCAAUGUCAGGUUAAGAGAAAUCUCGGAGGGUCAUUACAAAGACAUUAUAUUGAAAGUUGAUGAAAGAGAAAGAGCUAGAGGUACAGUGUGUAUAGGUAUCAAUUGGGAUUACGAACAGCAAGAUAUUUUGGAGAUUGCAGAGUGCAUUGGUGCCUCUUCUUUGGCAUCAUUGUGUCAGUUAUAUUUUGAAGAGUUUGGUCAUCGUCAAGGAGGGAUGCCAGAUCUUUGCUGCUGGGAUUAUGAAAAGAGAAAGUGUUUAUUUUCAGAAGUAAAGGGGCCUGGAGACACAUUGUCAGAAACCCAGAAAAUGUGGAUCGAGACACUUACCGGAUUUAGUAUUCAAGUUGAAGUUUGUUAUGUGAAGGAAUGGAAAGGGGAAGAUAUAUUUUUAAAAUAAUAAUGAAAUGAUAAUUUCAUUGUUGAAACGUUGCUUAAAAUCCAACUCACAAUUGAUCCAUUUAUUAUAAAUAAAGAUUAUUUUAUUUGUUUUAGUUC